AUGGCAUGCCUGUGUCCACAGGGGUCCACCUACUGGGGCGAAUUCUGCCGAGGGCAGAAGGAGGGUUUGGGCAUUGGAGAAUGGGAUGAAGGCAGUCGCUAUGUGGGCCAGUGGCGCGCGGGCAUCUCCUCGGGCUAUGGUGUCCUGACCUCCCAGGGCGGAAAGCGCAGCUUCCGCGGGCAGUUUCUGCACGCCAAGAAGCACGGCAGAGGAAUUUUCACAUGGCCAGAUGGCAGCGAACACCGAGGGCAUUACCAGCUUGACGUAGCCUCUGGCUUCGGAACCUUUAGCUGGCCCGACAAGAGUGAAUACCAUGGCUUCUGGAGGAACGCACGGAUUUCAGGAUGUGGUGGAGUCUUUGUGGAUGCGGAUGGACACAUCGGGCCACUACCGCCGGGACUGGCGGAUAGCCUUCAUAUCCCCGUGAUGGAGGCACGGGGAGAUGCGGUGCUCCGCUUCCGCGAGGAAACGCGGAAGCUCUUGGCCGCCAUGACUGCAGCACGAAGAACCUUUCGUUUGGGCAGAGAGCUUCCAGUGAUUCUCUCCAUGACCGCUGACCAAACAUCCCUGUGGGACAAAGUGUUGGAGCUCACACAAAAGGCUGCCCUCGUGAUAUACUUUGUCGUGGACCACGUGGGAUGGUGGAAGCAGGUUCACCGUGGGGUGAAGAGUGGCUCCAAGACCAUCCAACUGGGACUCAAGUGGCUGGCCAUUUCCAGUUUCAUCUCUGUGACCAUCGGGCUGCGAAAGCUGAAGGAUGAUUCGGAAGGCACCGAGUCGAAGGCACAGGGCUGGAACAUUCUCAGAGAUGGCCUGGUGGCGGUACAAGCGCUCCACCUCUCCCGGUGGAUGGAAAUUGGUGAUACUGUGGUUGGUGUCUUGGGCAUGACUAGCAGCAUCAUGGAUGUCAUGCGCGUUUGGCCCGAGAAGGAGCCUGCGAAACAGGUGCCUGCAGUCGUCUUCGACGGCGAGCGAAUGAAGCGGCAGGGUAGCUCUGAAUGGCGUUCUGGACAAGCUCAGACCUGCCGACUCCCAUGGGCCCGGGUUGCGCCGGCUGCCAUUUAG